GGAGUUGUGCGAGGAUGUAAAUGAACUGGUUAAUGCAGGACGUUGUGACAGGGGAACAUGUAGAAGCAUCGGUUCAAAGCCGCUCUUGACAUCAAGCAGCCUGAUGAUUUGGAGUAAACGAUGGAAUCCCUGAAAAGUGUUUUUGGUAGGAGGCGUCUAUUGGGAAUUUCUUUCAGUAAGUCCAAGUCCAGCAGGCACAGUGACGUUCACGUUGCAAAUAUUACGCGCCAGGUCACCAAGGAUGUUGCAGUGAGGCCUCCACUAUCACUCUUGAAGGAACUCGCCGAUGCAUCUUGCAACACUGAUUCCUACGCUUCCAUCAUGGAUGUGAUAGCUUAUCGGUUGGACAAGGGGGUGAAAAAACCGAACUCAUGGAACAAGGUGUACAAUUCCUUGGUGGUCGUUGAAUAUCUGAUCAUCUAUGGAGCUGGUCACAUACGGCAAGAUCUUCGGAAGAAGUACCUCACCAUGCUGGAAAUUUUCUCCAAGGACUAUCACUGUGUGGACAAGAGAGAUGGCACCGACCACGGAUAUUCUGUUCGUGUUAAGGCUGCUGCUGUUUUAAACCUCCUUUUAUCCGAGUCUCUUGCUGACGAAGAGAGAAUGAAGAUGGGGCAUCAAGGGUCUCACACCAGUGAAGCAUCCUCAAACGCAACCUCGCGAUCUUCAAGCAAUCCUGAAGCAUUUUCCAGUGGAGAGAUCGGGGGGAAUUCCUUCUUACAUUCACUGCAAGCUCUUACAAUAAUGUCACCAUCCGAAGCCUCCAAGGAUUCUGACUUCAGGAGCCCGAUUCCAGCCUUGCCACCACCGCCCAGUGAUACUCGCCGACACAGGAGAUCAGUCAGCUACCCAGAAUCUUCCUUCAGUGAUUUCCGCUUUCACGGAUCUGCCUCAGCAGAACCGCAUGAGCCUGCUCCUGCAGGAGAUGAGGAUGAUGUGAACCAACCUAUGAAGGCAUUCCCUCUGCCACUACAGCAUCAACGCUCAAGGAGAUCCAAGUCGCUGGACUUCGAUUGGCCAAACGAGCAGGGACCAGAGCAGGCUUUCUCCUCAGUUCCGGGUGUUGUGAACGGUGUUGUUGACUUGUCAGCUGUCGACUUGUCAGCUGCUUCAGAUACUAGUCCCGCUGCUCCUGCAGUUGCAUCUGCAUCUCCCAAGGACAUCAGAACCUUACCAACAAGGGGCAUUGGCCAGUAUUCAUAUGGUCCGCAAGCAGUGCAUGGAAGACUGAUACCAUGGAUGGUCCCCCUUGGAGCAGAGCAGCUUUCUGUUCAGCCUGCAGUAUCACCUCAACUCGCGGUAUCACCCCAACUUGUGACGCCUCCCUUGCUGGCUGUCCCGGCAAUUCCAGCUAUUGAGAGGCUAGGGACCCAGACCAGCAAUCCUUUUGUUCCAUGAACAGGGCGGAGGGAGAGGUUGUGUUAGGUAGGUAUAAGAGUAGACUGUAUGUUCGUUCUCAACUUUGCAGCCUAGCGAUAUUGAAAUAAAUGGGAGGGGGGGUUGUUUUGGAGAAUAUCCAACAUAUAACAGUAGGUGGAUCAGCAUCCUUGUUCCUCUUGACUUCAGCAACUAACCUAUCUGUC